AUGGGAACAGUCUCACGUGCAGAAUAUUUAAAGAAAUAUACAACAAAUUCAUCAGAAAAACCAGAAAUUAAAAAAUCAACAAAUUUAUUGGAGUGUCAGGAAAAUUCUCAAUCUUACGAACAAGGCCGGUAUGCAGAAACUCGCAAGAGAGUGACUGGUUUCAACAGAGGAAGAAAAGGCAGACGAGAAGAAGAACAUUCUGAAGAAAAUAAGGCAAAACAAGCAGAAAUGGAGAAAAAAUAUUCUCUGUGGAAUAAGGGAUUAACUCAAAUAAAAGAAAGAGAAGAAGAAUUAGAAGAAAUGCAACAAGUUUUGGGUGAAGGGUUUACGAGACAUAAAGAUGAUGAAGCUUUAGAUGAAUAUCUUAAAACGCAAUUACGUUCUGAAGACCCAAUGGCGGAAUAUUUUCGUGUUAAGAAUCAUAAAAUACAAAUGCGGACAGGAAUUGUUUAUCCAACAUAUAAAGGCCAAUGCCCCCCAAAUCGUUAUGAAAUUAAACCAGGUUAUAGAUGGGAUGGAGUUGAUCGUUCUAAUGGGUUUGAAUCAAAAAUGUCUUUGGAAAAGAAUAAAAAGAUUGCACAUAAAGAAUUAACUUAUCGAUCUAUUGCUGAAUGUGAAUAA